AUGGCCCAGCCCCAACCGUCACCAGCAACACCCGGAGCGCUGUCCCAGUCUCUUUUUGGCGGACCUGCCUCCCAAGCUUUGACGACAACACCGAACCAAGCCUCGACUCCGCUGUCGCAGCCAACGCCGUCACCGAUGGACCAAGCACCAGGGUCGGCUACGUCGAGCAACAAUACGUACAUCAUGCCCAACUCGCCCAUCAAGAACAGAGGCACCUUGGAUGGGUAUCGGCCCAGAGUGACAAGGACCUUGGGGCAGCGACCGGCAUGUCUGGUCAACGCCUCGGUCACGUAUUGCGGCAACAAUCACAUUUAUGCCUUUGGAGGCUUCGAUCAGUACACUGAUGAAGUGUACAACCACGUCCUCAAACUGGACUUGGUCAGCCAUCAGUGGAGUCUAGUGGACAAUUACGGCGAUAUUCCCGGCGUACGGAUGGGUCACACGGCUACCCUUUAUCAAGGCGAUAAACUGCUCGUUUUCGGCGGCGAAAAUGAGCAUCGGACCUACCUAUCCGACUUGAUCAUAUUCAAUCUGAAGACAGCGCACUGGACACAGCCCCAAGUCACAGGUCCUGUGCCGAAAGGCAGGGCACGACACGCGGCAGUCCUACACGAAGACAAGCUUUUCAUUGUUGGCGGUAUCACAGGUCACGAUAACUAUGUUCUGGAUGACAUUUGCUACCUCGACCUGAAGACCUUCACCUGGUCACGAUCUUGGCGUUUUGUAGGUCGAUUCGACCACUCGGCCUAUAUAUGGGGUGAUAGAGUAUGGGUUUUCGGCGGGCUUUCCGAGGACAUGGACAAAAUCGGUGACCUUUGGUGGCUCGAUCUCAAAGGCAGUCCUGCUUUUGACUCCGCGCCUCAAGUUGGGAUCUAUGACCGUCAAGCAGGCACUAGCCGAGCCGUUGGCUCGCCGCGACAACCCUAUUCACUGGCACAUCCGCCGCCAGCUGUUGGUGAACCCGCCAUCAUUUCAACUCAAGACUUUUGCUCCUAUGGCCCCGGAACCAUCUCAUCCCUGAAGUUCGUGUCCGGGCCCAAUAUACCUUCGCAAGGGUCUGGUAUCCAUUUCCAUGUCUACUCUUCGGGCACGCUCCUUGAUUUCGUCACUCCAGCAGCGACUAUCACUUCUAAGGAGUGCUCUCUGUCAGCUUUGGACCUGGCCACUCUCCGAUGGCAGAAGCUUGCAGAGGGCCGCGAGAUAUUCAAGUCGGGCUAUCGCUGGCACUAUUGCACGAUGAAUGAGGAUGGGACCAAAGCUUGGUUGCUGGGCUGCCCAACUGAUCCAGCCGCAUCAGAUCUGGGUCCUAAUGGGUUCGAAGAGUACCUCAGCGAUAUUAUGGAGAUUGAUCUGCGCCGAUAUGGCUUCCUCGGCAACAACCUCUCCUCCGAGCCACGAAUAGAGUCGAGGCCAACGACGCGAGUGAUUGACCAGCCAUCCAAGGGUCUAGGGGCCGAUUUGGCCAAACUGUUUGAUCAGCCGCCAGAAACUGGCAGUGGUACCGACUUUGUCGUCACAGCCUUGGAGGGCGAUUAUGAAGACGACGACAUGAUGAGUCGAGUAGCUGACGCUUCUGCUGACCAGAACUGGUUGGCACCUGACGCCCCUACGUCUCAACCAAUCCACGUACACAAACUUAUUCUUCAAGCACGCUGGCCGCAUUUUGCCCGACUUUACAACUCUCAGAUGGCAGAGUUCCAUACCAAGAAGAUGCAUAUCCCUGAACCGUACACAGUGGUUAAAGCGUUCCUCUACUAUCUGUACACAGACAGUAUUCAUGGAACAUCCGUCAACGAGAGCGGCGCUACCACAGACUUGUCGGACGUGGCCGGUCUGUUGGUCAUGUCAAACAUUUAUGGCAUUCCUCACCUCCGACUACUAUGCGUAAAUCGACUUUCCAAGGAGCUGGAUGUCGAUCAUGCUUGUAUCAUAUGGCACUGUGCUGGACUUGCAAAUGAAGAAUGGCUCCGCAAACGUGCAGCGCAGUUCUGCCUGACGCACUGGGGGCGCAUCGUCCGGACGCAAGGGUUCCUUCGACUGCCGCGAUCAGCGCUGGUCGAGUUGUCCCAGGAAAUCGACAUGGAAGGCCGCGUGGUGGGUGGCGACGAACUGGAGUAUGUCGGCGGGCUAGCAGGGUCACGUUUUGGUGACGGUUGUUCCAUCGUAAGUCGGAAGGAGAGUGUUGGUAGCAACCACACACAACUGCUCGACAGCGAGGCCGACGAUGAAGAUGGCAUGGAGAUGAGCUGA